AUGUCAGUGUCGGCCGGACUCGCGGCCCUCUGCGGACUUGCGCGGGCCUGGGGAGAAGGGGCCGAAGGAGAAGACGCCGAAGGAGAAGACGCCGAAGGAGAAGACGCCGAAGGAGAAGACGCCGAAGGAGAAGCGGCCGAAGGAGAAGCGGCCGAAGGAGAAGCGGCCGAAGGAGAAGCGGCCGGGGUAGGAGCAGCCGGAGUAGAAGACGCGGCCGGGGUACAAGAAGAGGCAGAGGGAGAAGAGGCAGAGGGAGAAGAGGCAAAGGGGGAAGAGACAGAGGGAGAAGAGGCAGAGGGAGAAGGGGCCGAGGGAGAAGCGGCCGGGGUAGGAGCAGCCGGGGUAGAAGCAGCCGAAGUAGAUGACGCGGCCGGGAUACAAGAAGAGGCAGAGGGAGAAGAGGCAGAGGGAGAAGAGGCAGAGGGGGAAGAGGCAGAGGGAGAAGAGGCAGAGGGAGAAGGGGCCGAGGGAGAAGCGGCCGGGGUAGGAGCAGCCGGGGUAGAAGCAGCCGAAGUAGAUGACGCGGCCGGGAUACAAGAAGAGGCAGAGGGAGAAGCGGCCGGGGGAGAAGAGGCCGGGGGAGAAGCGGCAGCCGCUCUGCGCGCUGUACCGCCACGAACGGCAUCACCCCGUGCCAGCCAGCGGAGGCCUUCCAAGACUGUCAGGUCGAAUGCGUCGCGCCUGAAGGGCUCCACAGGUGCGAGAACGGCAAGUUCCGCGAGCCAGUCCGCGCGGCUCGAGAAGAGCACCCGAAAGCUCGGGAGGUUGGUAUUAGCCAAAGCCAUCUCGACCAGCAAGAUAGCAAUUGCGACGAAACGAAGGAAGUAA